CUUCUUCCUUCCCCAGAAAUGUUUCAUUGUGUUCUGUCUGAAAGUAGGGCUCUCCGAGAAGUGACUGAGUGGAGGGACAUCGGAAGGCUAUGAUGCUGUCUCCUGUCCAUUCAGUACUUUGGUUCAGUUUGCUGGUUUUGUGGGCAUCACAAAGUGAGACAGAAGCCCUCACUCCAGAUGUCUGUCAGGGUGAAAAGCUUGAAAGUCAUCUUCAGGAUAUAGUGGAGGAACAUGAUGCAAAGGCUGUUUUGAGUGAUGAGGAGAACUUCCCCUGCUACCUUUACCCAGCAAAUGUAGUCAACUGCUCCUGGACGUUCCCAGCUUUGCAGGAGGGUAGUGAGAUCUUUGUCGCCAUCAGUGUUUGUGACGAAGAAGAGGAGAUACGAUCUGUCAAGUCCCAGGGAAGAUACGGAUCAACAUCUUUUCACGUGCCUAAGUAUGAGGACUUGUAUGUGAUCCUUCAGUUCAACAUAAGCCUGCACAACAAGAUGGCAGCCUACGCCUACACAUAUCGUAUGGAAGAGCAUGAGGUCCUGUCUCCACCCGACAACAUCUCUGUGUCAGUCAAAGAUGGAGAGCUGUCGGUGACAUGGGCUCUGCCCUCCAGCAAAGAUACCGAAAAUCCUGAGUGCUUUGAAUACCAGCUGGACUUGGGUGACAAGAAAGAGGGAAGUCACAAAAACGUCCAGUAUGAGUUGUCUUAUACAGAGCAAAAUGCAGAUCCAAGCAGCACCUAUAGAGUGAGGAUGAGGACGAGGAUGGUGAAAGAUUGCCAAAAGAACGCUCAGUGGAGUGACUGGGGUCAUGUUGUCACAAUAGAACCGACAAACAAACUCAACCCCCUCGUGAUCGUCUCAGUCUCACUUGGAAUACCCAUGAUCCUCCUGGCCGUGCUGCUGUUGGUGCGCUAUCAGAGGGUGUCUAAGAUCUUGUUUCCUCCGAUUCCUCGCCCCCCGCCUAAGUACAAACAUUUCCUGCAAAAACAUGACACAUUCAACUUCUUCCUUCCUGCCCCAUCAGCGGAGCCUGUGGAGGAGAUCACAGAGGUGGAGGAUACAGAGGGAAAACCCUGAAAAGACGUCUUCAAAGCAACAUGGAAAGGACGAACUCGAAUGUAAAAACAAAGCAAAAUUAGAUCUUACGGUCAGCUCUAACUCUGCUUUUUAAUAUAUUGCUAUUCCGCAACUAAUAAUAAUGUCUUAUUUAUAUAGCAACUUGUAUAAAGUGGUUGAAUGCAUGCAGAGUGUAUGAUGGUGAACAUUUGUGUGGUCUUUUAAGUUUUGGUACAUUUUUAAAACAUCUUAAAGGGGCAAAAUGUUAGAAUUGUUGUUGGAAACUAAAAUUAUCAACAGAAUGUGAAGAAACCAAGAUUUCAAGAGACUUAAUCGUCAAUCACAUAGUGACUGAAAAUCACCUUUGGUUAGGGCCCGAACAACAUGGAAGAACAUUCACACCCAUGAAGAAAUCAGUAUUUUUGACAUGCCGGUAUUUAUGCAUUGUGUUGGAGCGAUAUCUGCUGGAGUUAGUCUGCUAAUCCCAGUCCAAAGCUCCUGUGCUAGUAGUGAAAACACUUGGACCACUCUUUGUCCCACAGCAUAGACCAGCAUGAUUUCCAUGCUGCCUGAGCCAACUUGUUAGCUUGAAAUGUAGAUCUGUGUAUGAUCUAGUGCUUCUACAAAGUAUUAAUAUGUUUUUGCGUGUGAAAUAAAGUUGAGUGAUACAUAA